GCACACUAGCUUUUGAAUAGCUAGUAGCAUGCUAACGUAGUAAGCAUAGAGGUAGUAAGCAGUAAUGGUGAUGAGCGAGUGGAUCAACGGUUAGGCCUCGGCAUGCAGGCAGCAUGUUGUACUAUUAACAGCUUGUUCGACUGGUACGCGUGCGGUAUAAUUAAGGCAUGAGGGAAUACCAGUAUAUAAAGAGUUCUGAGUGACGGAGCAGCACCUCAGUGACAUUAAGAGGGCCUUUGACAAAACCAGGGGCACCGGCACAAUGGAAUGUGCAGUGGACAUCCCCUCAGGCGAAGAUGAGGCCCCUGAGAAAGACGGCAUAAAUGCCAAGGAAGGGAAUGAUCCACCACACAAGAAAAACAAGAAGCACAGAAAACACAAGAGCAAGAAGAAGAAGAAGAAGAGAAAGGGGGAAAAAGAGAGCAGUUCAGAAUCUGGUGCUGAGUCGGAUGUAGAGCCACCACUACUACAGAAGCCCAUCAGGACCACCAGAGCCAGUGCCAGGCUAGCAGCAGCCACAGGACUUGGAGACCAAGAUGGGUUGAAGGAGGAGGGCAAAAAGGAUGUAAUUGCAGCACGUGCAGACAUGGAGGGAGAUGCAAAAUCCAAAAAACACAAAAGACAUGCUGCGAAAAAGAAGAAAAAGAAGAGAAAGAAGGACGAAAAGCACGAGAAAAAAUCCCAAUCUCGAUCCCCAUCUGAAAGCAGCUCAGCUUCAGGCUCUGAGUCUGAAGGUGAAGUAGAGAAAGGUGCUGGUGAGGUUAAAUACUCUCCAGUUACAGCCUCUGACCUGCAAGAACCAGUGUCCAAACUGGUUUCAAAAAGCAAACGAGGGGAGAAACCUGAAUUAAUUGGAGUCAAGAAAGAGGAGACAUCAGGGAUGGAUGUGUCCCCAUCUGCGGGGAAGGAGUCUAGCACCAAUCUAUCAGAAAUUAGUGUAAGGUCACCCUCUGCAUGCCAUGAUGAUAUAACCCAGACAGCGACUGUUCAAGUUAAGAUCGAAGGUAGUCAUACUGAUGGUACAUUCAGUCAUGCCCAUGAACUUCCUGACAUUAUCCCUAAACAGGAAGGAGCCACCUCAAGAGAUGACCCAAGCCUGAAAGAGCAGUCCAAUUCCGUUCAGAAGACAAGGGACAGGGAUGGCAUUUCCUCUAGGUCUCCUUCUCCUUCCAGGGGCCUAGAUAUUAAGAGGUUGGGGUCGAGUCGUAGUCGUUCACCAACACCUACUCCUAUUAGGGAGCAGUCUGAUGGGCAAACAACAGCAGCAGCAGCAGCGACUGCAAUGAAAGAACGAUCAAGAACUCAUUCCAGGUCAAACUCAAAGGAAAAACAGUCCAUAACUCCUCUAAAGACUCGGCAGCUUUCCCAAUCCCAGUCCCCUAAAUCUAAGAGGAAGUCAAUCUCUCCCAAGAGAGCAGCCCGCCAGUCCCGGUCUACCUCUCGCUCCCUCACCCCGAAGAAGAAGGUGUCAAAAUCUCCAAGGCAGUCCAAGUCCCCUAAACGCCGGAGGAGUUCAUUGUCUGUUUCUCCUAAGCGACGUAGAAGUUCUCACUCACCCAAAAGAAGGGUGUCCCGAUCCCCUAAACGUGGUGGCCGCAGGUCCCCCUCUCUAUCCCGGUCUCCAAGGAGAAGUCGGAGGUCCGAGUCACGUUCCCGUGGAGGAAGGCAUUCUAGGGCCCGCUCACCUCGCCGAAGUGGUGCAGUUGGCAGGCGUUCAAAGUCACGUUCCGCCACAAGAACUCGUGGCUCCGCCUCUAGAUCAAGGCGCCCUGUUCGUCGCUCCAGAACACGGUCACCGGGAAGACGUGCAGGAGGGAGGCGCUCCAGAAGUCGAUCCUUGUCUCGGCGUAGGAGGUCUCCGCCCCCUAGAUCCCGCCGAUCACGCUCCCGUUCGACUCGCAGGAGCAAGCGCACUCGAUCAAGAUCUGUUGUAGUCCUUAAGCGCAGUCGUCAUUCAAGAUCCAAGAGUCCCCGCAAACGGACCAAAUCCCGAACACCUCCCUCCCGGAAGCGCUCGCGUUCCCCUGCCAGGAGAAAUCGUUCACCACCAAGGUCUGGCAAGCGCUCCAAAUCUCGCUCGUUGUCUCAAAGGCAUCACUCAAAGUCAAACUCACCAGUACCUUUCAAGAAGGGGUCCAAAUCUCCUAAGAAGGGUGGAAGAAAGUCUAAAUCCGCCUCGGCAGAAUUGAGCAGAUCUAGGUCCAGGUCUAAGUCAAGUAAUGGGCACUCUGACAACUCACUAGCCAGAUCUGCGUCUUCCUCUCCUGUCAAAGAGAUAAGGCCUUCCUCUCCUGAGGCAGAGCAGACCGAAAGUGAAGGAUAUCCUGCCACAACAGGUGCUUGGAAACCCAUGCCAGCAGCUCCCUCAGUGGCUCCCUCAGUGGCUCCCUCAGUGGCUCCCUCAGUGGCUCCCUCAGUGACUCCCUCAGUGGCUCCCUCAGCGGCUCCCUCAGCGGCUCCCUCAGUGGCUCCCUCAGUGGCUCCCUCAGUGACUCCCUCAGUGGCUCCCUCAGCGGCUCCCUCAGUGGCUCCCUCAGUGGCUCCCUCAGCGGCUCCCUCAGUGGCUCCCUCUGCGGCUCCCUCAGUGGCUCCCUCUGCAGCUCCCUCAGCGGCUCCCUCUAUCCCCCGCGCUGAGAGCCCCGCAAAUGCGUUGCAGGAGCUUCUUCAGAUGCUUUCUCCGAACCACGACAAGGAACAGAUAGAAGAUGCCAGCUCAUCCAAUGAACGGGAUGUUUCCAGGUCGGGAUCUCGAGAACCCGCCACGGUCCCGGACAGGUCAGAUCUUUCAGCAGGCUCAGAUGAAGAAGUGGUUUCUUCCUCCCCAGUUAAGCAAAAGUCACGCUCGCCUACGAAUCGCAGAAAGCUUCGCCCAACUUCUUCACCUCGACGAUCAACAUCCAAGUCUAAAUCCCGAAGGAGGCAGUCUAGGUCCAAAUCUCCUGUAAGGAAAAGAGAUUCUGUGUCUCCAUCAGAAAGGAAGAAACGACGUUCCAAGUCUCGGAGUCCCACCCGGCGGAGAAGGUCACGCUCUACUGGGCGGCGCAAGCGAUCACACUCCAAGACACGGACCAGAGUUCGCCGAUCCAAGUCUCGCUCUCCAACCAGGAAGAGGCGCUCCCGCUCCCCCAAUGCCCGUGGGAGACGGAGGUCCAAGUCCGCAGAGAGAAGCAAGCGAUCCAAGAGCCGCUCCACAGGCCGGAGGAAAAGGUCGGUGGACAGAAGCAGGCGAUCAAGGUCCCGUUCUUCUGAUCGCAGACGCAGGUCUAGGUCAAGGGGCCGAGGGAGGCGCCCGGUGUUUCGAAGUCGUUCAUUUGAUAGGCGAGACAGGUGGAAGAGGGAACCCAGCCACUCUCCAGUUCUCAUUCUCCGCAAGCAGCGCCGCUCAGGGUCCCGUACACGACGCAGCACCAGCAAGACUCCUCCACGCCUCACUGAACUGGAUAAGGAUCAAUUACUGGAGAUAGCCAAAGCUAAUGCUGCUGCCAUGUGUGCUAAAGCGGGGGUGCCCAUUCCUGAGAGUCUUCGGCCGAAAGCCAUCCUCCAGCUUCCUCUACCCACUCCAUCUCCCACCCCCCUCUCCUUACCUCUACCCUUACCUCUCCCUAUGGGUAUGGGGAUGCCGAAUAUGUCCAACAUGGGUCAGAUGGGGUUACCCAAUAUUCCAGGAAUGCCCAACAUGUCAAACAUCACCAUGUCUGCCGCCAUGGCAAGUAUGACAGCAGCUACUAUGACAGCUGCCUUGACCAACAUGGGUGCUCUGGCAGCCAUGCCUCCCCUUGCCCCGCUCCCUACCAUCACUAACAAGCCUCCCCCGUGUCUUGCCCCCCCACAACCAACCCUUAACCUGGACCACAUCGAGGAAGCAAAGAGGAAGGUCACUCAGCAAGCUAACAUUCACACCAUAAAGGAGCUUACUGAGAAGUGUAAGAUGAUUGCAAAUAGCAAGGAGGAGAUGGCCAUUGCUAGACCCCAUGUCUCUGAUGACGAAAGCUAAAACCGCCAAGCUCUCAAGCCAGUCCCCUCAAAUGACAGGAGGAAAAUAUAACCAUUGCUUAAAUAGGAGGACUUGCCUUCCUACAGUUCUCGUUGACAGCCAGAUGCCCUGACUGAGCCUCAUACACCAAGAAGAAGAAAAGUACCCAAGUUGUCACAACUACAAUAUAGGUGCGCCGUCACCAGCCACUGCCCCACCCAGAUCCCCAGUUUGUUUCUGUUUGUGUGAGAGGGAAAGACUGUCACCUGUGAUACCAGGGACACAAUGACAUGUAUGGGUGCGUAGUGAGUGUGAGUCUGUAUGUGUGAAUUGUUAGUCUGUUGGUGUAUAUAGUGACUUUCACCACCUCAGUGUUGCUGCUCAUUUAAGCGGUCACUAACUAAAGAGGAAACAAACCAAACUAACUAGCGGAGCAAGUGUUUUUUGUAUAAGAUUAGUUUCUCUAAAUUUCUUUUACUUUCAUCCUUUCUUAAAUAAUUGUGUUCAGUGGGGACUGCUUCCUUGUUCUUCUGUAUUCCCCUCGGCUAUCUCUAGUCACUGGUUUUAUAACAGAAUAAUGCAGAGGACGUUUUGGUAGAUCCCCACAUGUGUUUUCAAGAGCCUGAGUCUCCAGGCACACAGGUUGACAACAUGUUGUGAAUCCUUGUACAUUUAUUUUUGAAGGAAGGGAACAACUGAAUAUAUCGGCUGUAAAGAACGAUUGAAUUCAUCAUCUUCAUUUACAACACAGAACAUAUUCAGUUGGCACCGCCCUGGGUGUGAUUUUCCUUUUCAUUGUAAAUGACAAAAACCUAAUGUUUGAUCUCUGGUGUGUCAUUUGGGCUUUGUUGGAUUUUUUAAAACUUAGAAACGCUGUUUGCUGUAUAUUCAAAUGGACAUUUCAUCUGCCACACUUGUAACAUCGAUUUCCUAACAUGCAGUGUUGUGCAUUGUGCACAGCAACGUUAUAUAUGAAAGGAUUUAAGAUGCACUAAAAGAUGCCAUGAUAGCGUUUUAAAGACUUUAGGUCAAGGGCAAACAUCUGUAUUUCCAUCAUUUUGAUUUGAUUUGAAAGCAAUACUGCUUGAUAGUGGUCUUGGAGUACCAGGAUAUUUGGACUUUGCCAACGGAACAGGACUCAUCCCAAAAAUGAAUAACUACGAGGGUUAAAUUACAUUUCCCAGUAACUUGAAAUUGUAUUUCCCUUUUCCCUUUCUAGUUCAUGCAUUGAUUGAAUAAAGGAUAUCCAAUAGGCUAUGUUUUAUAAUUAAAACAUAGUUUAUAUCAGUGGCUUUUUAAACAGGCACACAUUGAGACCGUAAUUCCCUUCCUCUUGCUCGUGGACAAACUACAUCUAGGGGUUAUAGAAUUGAAUGAAUAUAGUUGAGCCUUUCCUAAACUGAACCAUUGUUUUAAUGUCCUUGUGCAUUAGACAAUCAGGUUAUUUGUCUCAAAAUGCUAUUUUGGAAGAAAAACACAAAAAAAACAACGUUAAUUGUAAACAUCUUUAAGCAUCGAAUUUGCUGGAAAACAGGAGAGAGGAUUUUCAAUGUGCAAAUAGUGAAUCUCCCCUAACGAGCCCUUUUCAUUGACACCCCCAACUCAUUUAAUAUCUGCUUUACUUAUGAAUUUUUUGACUGACUCCUAGUAGAUCUUCUGCGUCGGGUAAACCGGGUCUGUGUUUCACAAAACACUUCAGUCCCAUCAGAUACCUGAAGAACAAAGACAAACUCUGCGCUUUAGGGAAAACUUUCAGGGAUGAAGUUGAUCUUGCAAUCAUCAUUUCAUUAGAGAGCAAAAUACUUCUUGAUUUAUUCUUCGGUGUUGACUUCCCACGCCCAGGGCUGGUAAACUGUGGUAGAUAAUCUGUUAACUUUUUGUCAAACUGUAACUGUACUGACGGUUCCAAAAUCAUUUUUGAGCUGUUGAAUUGAUUCCCUGAGGUAAUCUUUAGCUAUUUUAUGACCGAAAAUAAGAAGAAAACGCAUUUUAAGAUUCUGUUUUUUUGGGGGGGAGGGGAUUCAUUUGAAUACGACAUUGCCUGCUUUGUACAUAAAUGUGUUGAUGAUUAUUAAAAACCUCAAUGAUCUCUAUA